UCGUUUAUAUCAAUGAAAUGCGAUAAGUAUAACUGUACCAUGUUUAGACGAGUGCAGAACAAAUAAAAGUUUCCUUGAUAAUAUCUGAUUCAUUGUUUUUGACACAUGAUGAUAAGCGAUAAAAGUCCGUGCUUGUUACGAACAAACGCAGUAUGUAUUUUUACAAAAUCGAACUAAAGCAUUGCAUUUAAUUACUCGACAAAAGUCAGGACGGCGAACAUCACGAAUAUCAUUGUGAUUAAUAAAUAGACGUAACUUCAACUAUUAGUAAAUUAAUGAAGAAUGACGUUAUUCAUUGGAGUUGUGUUUUUAUCUUUGAUUUCUACCACGCUGAGCGAUGUUAUUUACUAUCAACCUGAAGCUGUACAUCUUUCCUAUGGAGACAAUAUUCAUGACAUUGUUGUGACAUGGAGUACCCGGAAUGAUACAGAAGAAUCAGUUGUCGAAUAUGGAAUAGGAGAAUUAAUUUUUACAGCCACAGGAAAUUCUACUCUCUUUAUAGAUGGUGGAAGUCAAAAACAAAAACAAUAUAUUCAUAGAGUAUGGUUAAAAAAUCUAACACCCAAUAGUAAAUAUAUUUAUCACUGUGGUAGCAAAUAUGGAUGGUCAAAUGUAUUUUAUAUGAAAACUGCUCCUGAAAAAUCAACAAAAUGGUCACCACAAAUUGUAAUCUUUGGUGAUAUGGGUAAUGAAAAUGCUCAGAGUUUAUCCAGAUUGCAGGAAGAAGCACAACGUGGAUUAUAUGAUGCAGCAAUUCAUGUUGGAGAUUUUGCAUAUGACAUGGACACAGAUAAUGCACAUGUUGGGGAUGAAUUUAUGAAACAAAUAGAAGCAAUUGCUGCAUAUUUACCAUAUAUGACAGUACCUGGUAAUCAUGAAGAAAGAUAUAACUUUAGUAAUUACAGGUCUCGUUUUACAAUGCCUGGAGAUUCAGAAGGUUUAUGGUACAGUUUUAACAUAGGACCUAUUCAUUUUAUAGGAAUAGAAACAGAAGCUUAUUACUUUAUGAAUUAUGGUUUAAAGCAACUUGUUAAACAAUAUCAGUGGUUAGAGAAGGAUUUAAUAGAAGCAAAUAUGCCUAAAAAUAGGGCACAACAACCAUGGAUAGUAACAUUUGGUCAUAGACCAAUGUACUGUAGCAAUAAAAAUGCAGAUGAUUGUACCAACCACCAAAGCCUUGUCAGAGUUGGAUUGCCAUUUUUAAACUGGUUCAGUCUUGAAAACCUUUUUUUUAAGUACAAAGUAGAUUUAUUAUUAUGGGCUCAUGAACAUAGUUAUGAACGUUUAUGGCCCAUGUACAACUUCACGGUACAUAAUGGUAGUUAUGAAGAACCAUAUACAAAUUACAAAGCGCCUGUACAUAUCGUAACUGGAUCAGCCGGGUGCAAGGAAGGUAGAGAAAAGUUUGUUCCACACAAACCGAAAUGGUCCGCAUAUCGUAGUUCGGAUUACGGGUACACAAGGAUGAAGGCAUACAACUGGACUCAUCUCUAUCUUGAACAGGUAUCCGAUGACAAGGGAGGUGCUGUUUUGGACCAUGUUUGGCUCAUAAAGAACGAUAGUUUACCGGCGUACAAUUUAGAUCACCUUGCAAAUGAAAUAUAGAACAUACUUUAGGAAAAAUUAAUUAAAACGAUAUACAGGGUGCAACCCUUAUAAUGAACAUCUAAAUUAUUUCUGCUGCUAUUGAAAAUAAGAAAAAAUAAAAGCAGAUUGUAUGGUUUAAGGAUAUGCAUCUGGUGACGAUAAAAUAAAACCACCGAGGUCAUUUCAAGGUCGUCGACAUUUUUUUGCGUAUUAACAUCUGUUUUUCAUAAUACGACAUUGUAGCCGGCAUCAAGUUGACCUUAAACAAUAAAAUAUCAAUGUCGAUAACCUUGGGAGAGGAGAGAGGCUUUUGUAUCGUCAUCAGAUGCACAUCCUUAAAUCAUACAAAUUCCUCUUAGUCUUUUUUCUUACUUUUAAUAGCAAGAGAAAUAAUAUAGAUAUUCAUGAGAUCCCCUGAAUAGACAUAUCUUUUAUCAUUUUU